UUUAUCGUUUAUAUUGCACUGGUCGGCUUGAAACCCUCAGGUUUUUUCGCACCGCUGGUUAGUACGCGUUGAACUCGUUGAUAAAAUGCCCCAACUAGGACCCAAAGUCAAGUUCAACAAUGGUAACGAGGCACCUCAAUUUGGCCUGGGAACAUGGAAGGCGAAACCCGGCGAGGCAGAGGAGGCUGUGAAGUACGCAAUAGAGAUUGGGUACCGGCACAUCGACUGCUCGCCCACAUACGAGAGCGAGAAGGAAAUUGGAGCUGCGAUAAAAGCGAAAAUCGAGGAUGGGACAGUCAAGCGAGAGGAUCUCUUCAUCGUCAGCAAGCUCUGGAGCAAUUCUCACCUACCCACCAGCGUGGAGAAGGCCCUUAGGGGGAGUCUGGAUGACUUGGGCUUGGAGUACUUGGACCUGUACCUCAUUCAUUGGCCCUUCGCCUUUGAAGAUGGCGAUGAACUCUUCCCCAGACAUCCCGAUGGCAAUUAUAGAUUGACAGAUACUGAUUAUUUGGAGACUUGGAAGGGAAUGGAGGAGGUUCUCCAGAAGGGGCUGACGAAGAACAUUGGUGUCAGUAAUUUCAAUUCAGAGCAGCUUGAGAGACUUCUGAAAAAUUGCCAGGUUAAGCCUGUGACCAAUCAGAUCGAAGUCCAUCCUUAUUUGAUCCAAAAGGAGCUAUCGAAAUUCUGUAGAGAUCGUGGGGUGCAAGUGACAGCUUUCUGUCCCCUGGGCUCUCCAGCGAGACCGUGGGCCAAGCCCAAUGAUCCCAAGCUGCUGGAGGACGAGAAACUUGGGGAGAUAGGCAAGAAAUACAACAAAACUCCUGCUCAAGUUCUUAUCCGUUAUCAGCUUGAUAGAGGACACCUCGUGAUCCCCAAGUCAUUCUCGAAGACGCGUCUCCUCGAAAAUUCUCAGAUUUUUGACUUCCAGUUGACCUCCGAGGAUAUUGCGUACAUCGAUACUUUCCACAAUGGCUGGCGUAUCUGUCCAAUGUCUAGCGCGACCACGAGCAUCUAUUGGCCAUUUAACAUUCCUUACUGAUCAGUGAGGAAUCCUCAAGAACUGCCACCUGUCAAUGCUUCAUAUUAUAUUUUGAUACUCAUCAACCUUAUUUCACAUUGACUAGAGAAAUCAAUAAAGAUCAAGUAGAUAUCAA